AUGAGUGAAGAAGAGGGAUGGGCUGAAUGCACCUCUCAAUUUGCCAAGGAAUUUGUUGAGACCAAGCGGCGGAUCGCCAAUGUCGCGAUCCUCCUGCAUGAUGCGAAGUGCCCGCACUGUCGGAAAGCGCUUCCGGAACUAGACCGCGUUGCGGAAACCUUCCGGUCGGAAGAAGUGUUCCUGGCACAUGCGGACUGCACUCGCAACAAGAGCAACGUCCAGAGCGAAUUCGGUUUGAAAGGCUUCCCAGGUUUUCUCUUCUGGAGACAAAGCGAUCCGUUGGACGAAUUGGUGGGUCAAGCCGCUGCAGUUGACGAAGAUGUCGAUUUCAUGCUUCGGGCCAGUCGCCUUGCUGAGAUCGGUAAGGAGCGUGACGGCGCGCGUCGCGCUUUGGCAGGGGAGCAGGUGACUGUGAAGGCGAUGGAUAGCAAGGACAUGACCGUGCAGGUGGAAGGCCCCAAGGGCCAGCUGGUUUGGAUACCACACGAGACGCUGCUGCUACAGGGCCGCCGCGUGCCCUACAGGCGUGGUGAUGGGUUGGCGAGAUACAAGAAUGUCUGGGAGAAGGACGCCUGCAUCGCAAGCAUGUUGGAAUGUUUCGGGGCAGCCCCAAUGCAGCUGCAGAAGCUUGGUUGGUCUCAGGGCAGGCCGCAGCCUUACUGA